AUGCUCGACCAUCCAGAGUGGCAGAGGGCCCAACGAGGCGAGCUAUAUCAUGCUUUUGUCCCCGAACUCAUCGCCGCUCGAGAUCGAUGCAAGCAAGCUUGUAACAAGUUAAAUUCCUCAGCCUGGAUAACGCGCCGCAGAGCCAUUGAACUGUGGAGAGAAAUCACCAACGACACUCGCUCCCUUCCACCCCAGCAGGCAUCUUUGGUAGAAGACAAGCUCUUCGAGAAGGAGCCGUCCGUCGUCGGCCUGAUCCAUGCCGACUACGGCUUCAAUAUCGUGCUGGGCAAAGGAGCACAAUUGAAUUUGAACUCUUCGUUUGUCGACACCUGCCCCAUCCGCAUUGGAGCCCGUACCUUGGUCGCGCCGAACUGCAGCUUCUCCUCAGGAACGCAUCCCCUUGACCCGGCACUCAAGAACAGAACGAAUGGUCCCGAGCUUGGGAAGAAGAUAAAUGUUGGCGAAGACUGCUGGCUGGGACGAAAUGUUAUUAUCUUGCCAGGGGUGACGAUCGGGCCAGGCUGCACUGUUGGAGCCGCAAGCGUGGUAACAAAAGGCAUCCCUGGUUUCCACGCAGCGGCGGGAAAUCCUGCCAGGAUUUUGAGAAAGAUCCAAACUCCAAUGGACCCAACUCAAGAUAUCUCGAGGCCGCCAAAACAAGAAAGAGAGCAGGGAGCAGAAGGUGUGACGACUGAGUGA